AUGGAAAUCAGAACCACAACCCAGUUAGCAAAUUUCUUGCAACUUUGCAUCGACAAAAAAUCUCAUACAAAAGGAAAGCUCCUCCACGCUCAUAUCCUCCGGACUGGUCUCUUCGCCGACACCUUUCUAUCAAACCGCUUAAUCGAGCUUUAUCACAAAUGUGGUCGCUUAAUAACCGCACGCCGGGUGUUUGAUAAAAUGCCACACAAGAACCUUUUUUCAUGGCACGCAAUGCUAAGCGCCUUUUGCAAGACCGGUGAUAUCGACGAAGCACACAAACUGUUUGUGAAAAUGCCCGAGAGAAACUCUGUGUCGUGGAACACUUUGAUCAGUGCCUUAGUUCACAAUGGGUCGGAUCAGAAAGCAUUGAACUUGUAUCACGCCAUGAACAAAACAGGUCUCUUGCCUACAAAUUUCACAUUAGCUAGUGUCUUAAGUGCGUGUGGAGCACUCAAAGAUUUCAUCUGUGGUUGUGAAUGUCAUGCGUUUUCUACCAAAAUUGGGCUUGAUAAGAACAUAUACGUUGGUAAUGCUUUGUUAGGUAUGUAUGCAAAAUGUGGCCAUAUACAUAAUGCAAUCAAGGCUUUUGAAGACUUACCUGAAGUCAAUGAGGUUUCUUUUACAUCCAUGGUAGGGGCAUUAGGGGAAACUGAUCAUAUAAAUGAUGCUUUUCACAUGUUUCAAUCAAUGCAUAGAAUUGGGAUACAGAUUGAUGCAAUAUCAAUGUCUAGCAUCCUUGGUGUAUGUGCUAGAAGUGGGAAUAAUGAGUUAGGGCAACAGUUUCAUGAUCUCACAAUUAAACUUGGGUUAGAAAAAGAUUUACACUUGAGUAAUUCAUUGUUAGACAUGUAUGCAAAAAAUGGAGAUAUGAAUAGUGCUGAAAUUGUGUUUAACAAUCUGUCUCAAGUUAGUGUUGUUUCUUGGAAUGUUAUGAUUGGUGGAUAUGGUCAACAACAUGAAAUAAAAAAGUCAAUAGAUUGUUUGAAAAGAAUGGAAAGAUUCGGUUUAAAACCAGAUGAAGUAACCUACAUAAAUAUGCUCACGUCAUGUAUCAAAUCUGAAGAUAUUGAAACUGCUCAUGAGAUAUUCAAUAAGAUGAAAUUUCCAACUUUAAGUUCUUGGAAUACUUUGCUUUCAGGGUAUUCCCAGAUUGGAAAACAUAAAGAAACUGUUAAACUUUUUAGAAAUAUGCAGUUUUGUAAUGUGAAAGGUGAUCGAACCACUUUUUCUGUUGUUUUUAGCUCUUGUGCUUCUUUGGGACUUUUGAAAAGUGGAACACAAGUUCAUGCAUCAUCAUUAAAGAUUCAUGUUGAUGAUGAUAUUUAUGUUGCUAGUGGACUUAUCGGGUUGUAUUCUAAAUGCAAUAAGAUCAAUCUUGCAAAAAUUAUAUUUGAUAGAAUGAAUACUCAAGUUGAAGAUAUUGUUUGUUGGAAUUCUAUGAUGUUAGGAUUGUCAAUCAAUAAUCUUGAAAAUGAAUCCUUUGUUUUAUUCAAGAAACUUCUAGAAACCGAAAUGAUUCCUUCUCAAUUCUCUUAUGCUACUAUACUAAGUUCUUGCACAAAGCUAUUAUCUUUAUCUCAAGGAAGACAAAUUCAUGCUCAUGUGUUGAAACAAGAAAUGGAAAUCGAUGUUGUUGUUGGAAGUGCUUUAAUUGAUAUGUAUUCAAAAUGUGGAGAUGUAAAUGAUGCAAGAUUAGUUUUUGACACAAUGAUUACAAAAAACACGAUUACAUGGAAUGAAAUGAUUCAUGGGUAUGCACAAAAUGGACAAGGAGAAAAAGGGGUUUUACUUUAUGAAGAAAUGAUCAAUGAGAAUAAAUUAAAACCUGAUUCGAUAACUUUUAUUGCUGUUUUAACUGCUUGUAGUCAUUCAAGGUUGAUUGAUUACGCGAUUAAAAUAUUUAACUCAAUGUUUCAAGAACAUGGAAUUGAACCUGUUUCGGAUCACUACACUUGUGUGAUUGAUGCUUUGGGACGUGAUGCUAGGUUUGAUGAAAUCGAGGGUAUUUUAGGUAAUAUGCCGUGUGUGAAUGAUCCGAUUGUGUGGGAAGUUCUUCUAAGUUGUUGUAGAGUUCAUGGUAAUGUGAAGUUAGCAAGAAGAGCAGCUGAAGAGCUUUUUAGGUUAGAUCCUUGUAAUUCGGCUCCUUAUGUGCUUUUAGCAAAUAUGUAUUCUUCUUUGGGGAGAUGGGAUGAUGUAAGGAAGAUUAGGGAGUUGAUGAUUGAAAAGAAAGCAGUAAAAAAUCCGGGGUAUAGUUGGGUUGAACAUAAAGAUGGGAUUAAGGAGUUUAAUGUUGAAAAAUUUGAACAAGUGAGUGAUGAACGAUAUUGUUUGAGUGGGUGA